UGAUUUUUAAAAAAAUGACAGAACUUUCGUUUCGCUGUACAGUCAAAACUAAAGAAAAAGAAAAAUUAUAACCGGAAGUGAAAACCUACUUCCUUUUUCUUGUUUAGAUUAUUGAAACAGGUCACCAAAAAUGGCAAUCAGACCUCUCAUCAAAACUCAGAUUGUAAAGAAGAGGAAUAAGAAAUUUAUUAGACACCAAUCUGACAGAUAUGGCAAAGUCAAGGCAAACUGGCGUAAACCCAAGGGUAUUGACAACAGAGUAAGGAGGAGGUUCAAGGGUCAAUAUAAAAUGCCAAACAUUGGUUAUGGUACCUGGAAGAAAUGCAAGCACCUCUGUCCUGAUGGCUUCAAAAAGUUUUUGGUUCAUAAUGUUAGGGAGCUGGAAGUAUUGUUGAUGCAAAACCGCACUUUCUCUGCUGAAAUUGCACACAAUGUCUCAAGUAAGAAGCGUAAAGAUAUUGUUGAGCGUGCCCAGCAACUAGCUAUUAAAGUGACAAAUCCAAAUGCCCGUCUUCGCUCUAAGGAGGAUGAAUAAACUGGCAGCUUGGUUAAAUUAAUAAACAUAAAAUAUA